AGAGGGCAUGCAUCCCGGAGGAUGCAGGGGAGUAGGAAGACGCUGGGGGGUUCGGGGGAGAGAGGAUUUUUAGAGGCUGCAAAGCAGACCGAGGAGAUGCCAGAGAGAGAGGCGGUUUGGAGACUGCAGGGGACAAGGGAGACCCGGAGGAUUGCAAGGAAAAGGGAGACCCGGGAGGAUGCAUGGGGCAGGGAGAACCGGGGGAAUGCGAGAGAGAGGGGAGGCUUGCACACUGCAAGGGAGAGGGGAUACCCGAGGGAAAACAAAGAAGGAGGAGACUCGGAGGCUGAGUUAAGAGACUUGACUCCCGGCAAGGGGAAGUGUGAGUGCAGGAGCGAGGGGAGGACCCAGGGGAGAGGGAGACCCAGAGCGUGGAGACACCCGUGCCCGAUGAGCUGCAUGGGAGAGGAGACGCCGGAGAGUUGGAAGGGACACUGGAGACCCAGGGGCUGCUGGCAGAGGGGAGACGUGGAGCUGCAAACGUGCAGGGCAACGCAAGGAGCUCCAGAGGAGAGAGGAGUCCGGGAGGCUGCGGGGUAGUGGGGACACCCAGGGGCUGCGGAGGAGGAGGAAGAUCCAGAAGGCAACCAAGGAGUGGUUUUUCAUCUCCAAGAACGAGCAUUCCCCAAACUGAAGGAAAAUACACUGCACAAAAUAUUAAGAAAACUCCUUUUUUAAAAACAAACUUCUUUGGAGAAGCUGAUUUCCUUUGGCUAGCAGGAGAAAGUGGAGAAAAUGAAGCCAAGUCUGCGAUUUUUCUUAGCUGGUUUUCUGCUGUUGAUUCUGCAGACAGGGCUUUGCUAUGGGAUAAAAUGGAUAGCUCUGUCCAAGACUUCUUUGGCUUUGGCCCUGAAUCAAACCCAGCACUGCAAGCAGCUUGAAGGCCUGGUGGUUUCUCAGGUGCAGCUGUGCCGCAGCAACCUGGAGCUGAUGCAGACCAUUAUUCAGGCAGCGCGGGAAGUGAUAAAGACCUGCCGGAAAACCUUUUCAGACAUGAGGUGGAACUGCUCUUCAAUAGAGCUGGCUCCUAACUACCUGCUGGACUUAGACAGAGGCACAAGGGAGUCAGCAUUUGUAUAUGCCCUCUCUGCUGCUGCCAUCAGCCACACCAUUGCCAGAGCCUGCACCACCGGGGACCUCCCUGGCUGUUCCUGUGGUCCCAUCCCAGGUGAGACACCUGGACCUGGGUAUCGAUGGGGAGGAUGUGCAGACAACCUCAACUAUGGUCUUAUCAUGGGGUCCAAAUUUUCAGAUGCUCCCAUGAAGAUGAAAAAAUCAGGAUCACAAGCCAAUAAACUGAUGCAUCUGCACAACAGUGAAGUAGGGAGACAGGUCUUGAAAGCCUCUCUUGAAAUGAAAUGUAAGUGCCAUGGAGUUUCUGGGUCAUGCUCUAUCAAGACCUGUUGGAAAGGCCUUCAAGAACUGCGAGACAUUGCAUUGGACCUCAAAACCAAAUAUUUAUCUGCCACCAAGGUUGUUCACCGGCCCAUGGGCACACGCAAAUACCUUGUGCCAAAGGAUAUUGAUAUCAGGCCAGUCAAAGAGACAGAGCUGAUUUACCUGCAGAGCUCACCUGACUUCUGCAUGAAGAAUGAAAAAGUGGGGUCACAUGGGACCCAGGACAGGAGUGGAUGGAGGGAAAGAGAGAAUCCCAGGUCCCAGUACAGCAGACAAUGCAACAAGACUUCCAAUGGGAGUGACAGCUGCGACUUGAUGUGCUGUGGCAGAGGCUACAACCCCUACAUGGACAAGGUGGUGGAGCGUUGCCACUGCAAAUAUCACUGGUGCUGCUACGUGACCUGUAAAAAGUGUGAGAGGACUGUCGAGAGAUAUGUCUGCAAAUGAAAACUCUCCUCUGCACACCUGGGAGCUCAGACAGCAGCAGCACCCCAGCACCAUUCAGAGAAAACAUCUCCUUGACUAGACAUGGUUUAUCUUGUAAAGACACAGACUUGAGGAGAGAUGGUAGGAGGAAAAGCAACAAUCACACCAGUAAAAAUAAGAACGUAAAAAAAAACCUCCCAAAAAGCAACAGACCCACAAAUGUUUCUCCUCACCAAUAAAAUGCUCUCUGAGAAGACAAAACUUCAUUUGGGAUGGUAUCUUCUUCCAAAAUAUUUCCUAUGGUUGCCAAUGAUGUCCAGCCAUCAAGUGCCUUAGUAUUCUGAGAAAUAAAUAUGGAAACUUUCCGUGGGGGAAAGAAAAGCACCAUUUGUUUGACAGUAACUAAGGCUCACACCUGCCUGUGCCUCCUAGCACAGGUACUGAGUUUUCAUUGGGACCAUCCCACAAGGGAAAAUGCUACAACUUUUCAGCAAUAACUGCCUUUGUUGCCAAAGACUUAAUUUUCAGCAAGGAAUCAUCCAUUCUGAGUGAUAAAAAAGUGGAAAGAUUUCAGGUCAAUCUUCUGAAAUGAACAACUAAUUUUAAUCUUUCUUUUACACAGGUCUGCGACUUUGAGCUGAUUGCUGAAGGAAAAUAUAUCCCUGAUUUGUCCAGGCUGGACAAAAUUCAGCCAUGAAAAAAAAUCCCCUGGAAUUCUGGAGGCAGUGAAAGUAGGGUAGGCUGAGAAGGACUUUAUGGGGUCCACAAGACUGCAGUGGAGCCUUUAGGAUAAAAGAACAAAACAAAAUCCAAGUCCAGUGGGAAAGUAAAGAAAAACAGCAAGCUCCUGCUCUCUAUCUCUUUGCCCUUAGGGUGUGAUACCCUUGUCACUGACAUUCUUCCACAUUGAUCCAUCAAAUCCUUGGGGAAAUAUGCCACUGGCUUCUUCCCCCACAAAACUAUUGGUCCAACCUCAGGAAACUGCAGAGAGUGGAGCAGUCCCGGCUGUAGGGAGCACAUCCAUGGAAGUCAGCAGCUAUUGGAAGUCAGCAGAUAUUCACAGCAGGAAGGAAUGGGAACAUGUCAGUCCUUCACGUGGCUCUGCCCUGACACAGCAGAGCACCACUAUCUGUGGCUGUACAUAUUUUCUUUUGUAUGCAGAUAUACAGAAAUAUUUAUAUCUUGUGCUUUCACCUACUUUACUUCCUACAUAAAUAUAUCCUCAUAUUAUAAACAAGCAUUAACAAUAGUAUGAAAUAAAUGCUGGAUUUACUGGUGCAACAGCAAAAUGUCAGAUUAUUGUUUCACACUUCUACUAGGAAAAAAAUUCUGAUUUUCCUUCCAAGGAUGGGAAAACAACAUGGUUUGAGGCACUCACUGGUGUAGGGAUAGAUAAGUUUCUUUAUUCCCUGCCUCUCCAGCCUCUCAAUGUUGAACAGAAUUAGCCAAGAUACAGUCAAGAAAAUGGAACAGAACACUUGGAGAAAGGAAGAGUCACCAUUGCUGUUUUGUCUAUUUUUAUCAGCAGUCACUCUCAUUGGUAAAAUUUCCUAGUGCCCCUGAGGAGCUUAAUAACAAACAUGGCUCAUAUCUCUCAUGUCAUGGGUGGUUGGCUUCUGGCUCCUGCACAUGGAGAGGAGCUGCUGUGCAGGGGAGUUUAACACAGCCUAGGCUCCCUUGUUUGCUUUUUUGUUUGUUAUUGUUUGUGGUUUUGUUUGGUUUUGUUUGUUUGGGGUUUUGGUUUUUGUUUGUAUUUUUGUUGUUGUUUGUUUGUUUACUUGGGGUUUUGGGGGGGAUUUUUUGUUUUGGUUUAUUUUAGUGGUCAUCCAGCCCUGUGUACUGAUUAUGAGAAGUGAUGUUGGAGAAGGAUGCUGCUCCAGGAACAGAAGGCAGCAGAGCUUCUGAUGUCUUUCAGAUCAUUCUUAAGCACCCCAACCCCAUGCAAAAUGCUGUAAGCAGCCAAAAAAUCACUUCUACACAGAUGUAGAGGGACUCUGUCACUUUCCUAGGGGGAAAUAUGUCAGUAACACCACAACCUUUCUCCAAACCUUUUUUCCCCACUUAGUCAAUCCCUAGGGGGCAACUACCUCUGACAUGUCUGUGAGCAGCCCUGGGGAAUUGGAAGAGAGAAGCAUCAUGUGCUAUAAGAGCAAAAUUAGAGGUAUUUUGUUCUCUUUAGCUGUUUUGCUUUGCUGUAAUGGGUUUGGUCUUGUUGCCUCCUUCUAUCCCUCAGUUAUGAGCAGGCAAAAAAGGAGCUUUCAUAGCUUGACAGUGGUUUGUGUUAUUGUCACCUCAUAAAAGCUGAUGGACUAAAACAUGUCUGCAGUGCAGUGAUGAGUGGUGGGUGUCUUUAGGCUGACAUGCAGACAGGCUGGUGGCACAAAUCCCACUGCUCUCCAAUGCCAAAAUUUGGCUUCAAUUGAUAUGUAAAGAAACCAUCUACUCUCAUUCUUUUAAGGAAUUUUAUUUUUAUUUCCAGUUUCUGAUGAUGUCAACAAGGCACAGAUGUUCUGACUGAAGAAAAAUUUGGGCAUUUCAAUGCCAUUCUGUAAUGACUCUUUUUCUUGUUCCCUUGCUGAUGUCAUGAGUCUUUCUGCUUGAUGAAAAACUAGUAAAAAGGAAGAAAUGGCCUAUACAUACACUGUUUUCAGCUGCAUUUCACUCCUCCCAUGUCAGACCUGUGAUCCUUGACUGGCUUUUUCAUGUCAGAGGAAAUCAUCACUUGUAAUUAAAAGGAGUAAACCAAUUAGGCAUCUGCAGGUCUAUCAGGUAGGAGAUGAACUCACAGCAGAACUUUAAGCCAUGGUGGUAACUCACACUUUGUUAUCUCAUGCCACAGAUGUCCGUUACUGAAGAUGUUGACCUGAAAUGGUUGAAUUGUUUGGAGUUUUGCAGUCUGGGGCAGCCACGUUCAAAACCUCUGCUGUCUUCUCCAGAUAAUCCUUUAUGGGCUUCACCUGAACUUUCCUUCUUUGACAAAAGAGUCUGUGUGGCCCCAUCCCAUGUCUUAGGCUGUUAGUCUAAGAAUUAACAAUUUUACACUGCUUUUGCCAUAACUUCUAAAUUUCAGGGCCCUAUUUUUCUCUGGAGCAGCUGCACACUGCAUUAGGAGUGUGCCCAGGGGGAUGUACCUUCCUAAGGUGAGAAUCACACACAGGGCAAGGUCUGAUAAAUUGCAGCCUCCCUUGUUACACUGGCCUGCUUCAUCCAGCCAUCUCAGCAGUUUGAUGGCUUUAAGAUGAAAUAAGGUAGGUUUAGACUGGAUGUUAGAAAGAAAUUCCUCCCUGUGAGGGUGGUGAGGCUCUACCACAGGUUGGCCCGAGAAGCUGUGGCUGCCCCAUCCCUGGAAGUGUCCAAGGUCAGGUUGGACAGGGCUUGGAGCAACCUGGUCUAGAGGAAAGUGUCCCUGCCCAUGGCAGGGGGUGAAACUUCUAAGGUCUACCACUUCUAAGGUCUUAUGAGCUUCUAAGGUCCCUUCCACCCCAAACCAUUCUGUGAUUCUAUGAUGUCCCUCUGGAUGCUCUGGUAUUUUCAAUUUUUUUCAGAAAAUGUCUUUCUAUGAGCAGUAGACAGUACUUCUGCUUUCCUUUCCUUUUAAUAAUGACUAGGAAUAAAGAGAGUACCUAUAAUACAGGGCCAUACUGCUGGAACUCAUACUACAAUGUUCUUCUUGCAACCUGUCUGAUGCUUCACUCCUUGCAUCAGCAGCAAAGCACAGAGAGGCCAGAAAAGUGUCACAUCUCUCAAUUUCAAUUAUCAAUACAACAGGGAACCAAAACAGAAUGGCCAAGUAAUUUUUUGCAGUCUAGAGGAAGGUGUCCUUGCCCAUGGCAGGGGGUUCGAACUGGAUGAUCUUGAAGGUCCAUUCCAACUCAAAUCAUUCCAUGAUGCUAAAAUUUUUCGUGCACAUGCUGUGUGAAAGAUAUUUGGGAGAACAUUUGUCACAAACCAGCUUUGUAAGGAAAAUACAUCCCUCCUUCUCUUUCUCAGGCCUUCAGCAAGCAGUUUUCAAGGCUUUGCUCAGAAACACUGAGAUCUUUCAGCAACUGUAGAAAAAACAGCUUUAAUUACUGUGAAUGUCUGUGUCAGGUGUUGCUGUAGUUCCCUUCUUAUAACAUGUCUUACCACAUCCCAGCAGCUGAUAUAAUUUGACCCAGCUCCAUGUCAUACUACACAGUACUGUUGGUUUACACUAGCUGGCAAAAUACAUCUGAUUUAUUCCCACAAACACUAUUAUUUCACAGCUUUACAAUAUUACCCCUGAUGGAAACAGCCAAGCUAUCCUGAAGAGUAUUAUGCUAUUUUAUUAAUUUGGAAAAAAAAUCUAUGAUUUAAGAAAACAGGUUGGACUUAAUGCUAUUUUCAGAUCUGAGUUUUUAGACCCUGCAUACAUCUGGUUAAUUUGUAUUUUUUUUAUUAAUCCCCCCAUCUUUACCCCUUCCAGUUUUAUAUAAUUUAGGUUUCUCCAUAAGGUAGGCAAAUGCGAUUCAUCAUAAAAAACUCCCAUCUGAUUGUGUAUUUUAUUCUACAAAAAUAGAAAGUAUCCUAAUUAUACUAAAGCAGGCAGCCCACAAUAUUUCACUUGCAGCUGGAAAAGCCCUUGGUGAGGGGAAGGGGAGUGAGGGAAGAAGAAAACAAUCUGAAUACAAUUGGAAGUGUCUCUGUCAGGAAAGUGAUAAAAGAGUCCCUGAGGGACCAUCCCUAUUCCUGCUAGAAAACAGAUCCCUGUAGACAGCCAUUAUCAUCCUCCAAGUGAGACAGACUUGUGCUGCCCAGCUCUGGGCUACCUGUUUGGGGAAAGUGCUGGGAGGAGGCUCUGCAGGUACUUGGGAAUAUGGGGAACAAGAGGCCUGGAAUUGGAAUUGAUUGUUGUUAGACCUUCACCCUGUGACAAAGGAAUUGGCUUUCCCUGCAUCGGACAGGGGGUUGUGAAACACCAUUGUUUUAUUCCCAGGAGCAGAUUGGAGCUAUAACAGGCAUGACUUUCUCCCCUGCAAGAGAGAUGGAGCAGAAAACAAAAUUUGGGAGAGGGGGAGAAAGAACAGGAAACUUAAAAUCCACCUGAGAUUAAUGACUUUAACAUGCACAACAUAUUUUGUUUUGUUUUACUCUCAGGAACAUUUUCAUCAGUCAGACAGAGUUUGAUUAAAUAUCUCGGCAGAGCUUUGGUUUAUUCAUCUAAAGAAAAAAUUAUCCUCUCUUCAUGGAAGCAGCAUUAACUGUGUUUUCUAAUUGUGAGAGCAACAAUAAUAAUAAAAAUAGUAA